AUGGCUUUGUCCAUCGUGGCUCAAAAUGUGCUCGUAGGGGCGUUGUUCCCAUUACUCGCCUCUGCCCUAAUUGACAGGCAAAACAUAGUCCCCCAAUUCAAUAUCAUCCGUACGACUCUCAUUGAUAACGAGACGACGCCUCUCCAGGUCGGAAAUGGCAAUUUCGCCUUCAAUGUUGACAAUACAGGAAUGCAAAGUUUCUUGCCAUUUAAUACACUUUCGAGCUGGGCAUGGCAUAAUGAUUCCCUGCCAACAGACGGUGAACUUCUUAGCGAAUACCACGGCGUACCUAUGCUGACGCAUGGGAGAAAUGUUUCCUACGAUCUACCCGAUCCCAAUCUCCCAGCUGUCUCGCAAUGGCUCAUCGCCAACCCAAAUAGGAUCAAUCUUGGUCGCAUCGGCCUAAAAUACAAAGGAAACACUCUUUCCGCAUCAGACAUCACUGAACCACACCAAGAACUGAAUCUGUGGGCUGGUACAAUCACUUCGAGCUUCAAGUUGAACGGGCAAGACAUUCAGGUUGUCACACAAGGCGACUUUGAGUCAGACGCUGUCACCUUCAACAUCACAUCUGCGCUUAUUGCAGAUGGCGAUCUCGAAGUCGAACUCGACUUUCCGUACCCACCAAUCCAUAGCACUGCGUACAAGUACGAGGUCUUUGUCGGCGUGUAUGACUUUCCUCUGAACCAUACUACCGAGAUUGUUGAGGACGCAGAUAAUGGGACAGUGCACAUCCAUCAUGAACUGCAGGAGACAAGCUACUACUUGAAUCUGCGAUGGCCUUCGAAUUGUUCUCUAGCUCUCUCCCGUGAUGAGGCUCAGGGAUCAAAUACGACCAAAGCACACAGUUAUACACUGGGCCUAGGGGCGGCUUCGUCCACUACGAACGAUACCAUCAUCUUCACGGCUCAUUUCUCACCGGAUAUAGCGGUACCAGCUCUACCGUCGGAGAUUCGGGAGCAGAAUACUGCCGACUGGGGAGACUACUGGAGCAACGGGGGCUUUGUUGACGUCACGGCAUCUUCCAACCCGAAUGCCACCGAGCUGCAACGGAGGAUUAUACUUUCCCAGUACCACGUUCGCGUCAACAGCGCGCCGCAGGGCCAGUCGCCGCAGGAGAGCGGCUUGAUGAACAAUGGCUGGUAUGGAAAAUUCCACAUGGAAAUGGUUGUCUGGCACAAUGCGCACUGGUCGACCUGGGGCCGGCAGGAGCAUUUCGACGCCAUCUUUCCCGCGCUGUACGAAGCCCUGUUGCCGUCGUCGCUGGCCCGCGCCCAGAGUAUGGGCUGGGAGGGAGCGCGUUGGCCAAAGAUGACACAGACUAUCACAGGAUCUAGCGCUCCUGGAGGUAUCAACGGCUUGCUCAUGUGGCAGCAGCCCCAUGUCAUGUAUCUUGCCACGUUGGCCUACCAGGCUUCGCCAACUCAGUCGACGCUUGAGCGUUGGGACAAGGUCCUUACUGCCACGGCCGAUUAUAUGACUUCGUACGCUUGGUAUAAUGAGACUUCUGGAUACUACGAUCUCGGUCCACCUGCAUAUGGUGUCACAGAGAAUACGCCCCCGACAGAGUCACUCAAUCUUGCCUACGAGAUUGCUUACUGGCGCUACGGUCUCGACGUCGCCCGAGACUGGAAAGAGAAGCUCGGCCAGGAAGUGCCCGAAACAUGGACUAGUGUGGCCGAGAAUCUGGCUCCUCCACCACAAGUCGAUGGACUGUAUACCGUCUACGAGGGUCUCGACUCUUCAUGGUGGAACAAUACGUCUUUGACCGGAGAUCCACGUUCUUUGAUCAUGCUUCAGGGCAUACUCCCAGACACUCCAGCCGUGGAUCCAGAAGUGGCGCUCAGGACAGCAGACAAGGUCUGGGAGGUCUGGGGCGAUGCCAAUAUUCGCGGCUGGGGUCGUCCGGUGCUAGCCAUCAACUCGGCCCGCAUAGGGAACCCCGAGAGGGCAAUCUACCAUCUCACUGCCUAUGACUACUGGCAGUUUGAUGAUGCUGGGUUCGCUGUCCGCGGAGGAGAUGGAGGUACGCCACCUCCGUUUAUGCCUGGAAACGCUGGAUUUCUUUAUGCCGUCGCCUACAUGGCAGCAGGCUGGCAAGGAUCAGAAGGCGACGCUCCCGGGUUCCCCAAAGACGGAACCUGGUCUGUUGAAUAUGAAGGAUUGUUGAAAGCACCUUGA